UCACUGACGGAGAACAGCUUUGCUUUACUCUGCGGCUGCAAAAGGAAAUGUAUAAAAUACUUUUUUUGACAGUGGCAGUCAUUGCACCAGUGACAUCUCAAAAUGCAACUGAUGAUGUUCCAAUUCCAAAGCUGACCGCAGAUCCAACCUGGACAGAUUUUUUCCCAAACGAACAAAUCACCAUGCACUGUGGAUUCGUUAGCAGUUCUGACGGCUGGUCCUUUGAAUGGACCAAAAAUGGCAAAACAAUUAAAACAAACCCUACUUUAACCAUCACAGCAAAGAGUUCUGACUCUGGACAAUAUUCAUGUAAAGGAAAACUUAAUGGAAGAUCAGUUGUUACCCAACAGAGCAAUGUAUUUCAACUAAACGUAAGAGAUAUUCCUAUUCCAAAGCUGACCGCGGAUUCAACCUGGACAGAGUUUUUCCCAAACGAACAAAUCACCAUGCAGUGUGGAUUCGGAAGCAGCUCUGACGGCUGGUCCUUUGAAUGGACCAAAAAUGGCAAACAAAUUAACACAAACCCUACUUUAACCAUCACAGCAAAGAGUUCAUCUGACUCUGGAAGAUAUACAUGUAAAGGAAAACUUAAUGGCAGAUCAGUUAGUACCCAACAUAGUAAUUUAUUUCAGUUUAACGUAAAAGAUAUUCCUAUUCCAAAGCUGACCGUGGAUCCAACCUGGACAGAGUUUUACCCAAACGAACAAAUCACCAUGCAGUGUGGAUUUGGAAGCAGUUCUGACAGCUGGUCCUUUGAAUGGGCCAAAAAUGGCAAACAAAUUAACACAAACCAUACUUUAAUCAUCACAGCAAAGAGUUCAUCUGACUCUGGAAGAUAUACAUGUAAAGGAAAACUUAAUGGCAGAUCAGUUAGUACCCAACAGAGUAAUGAAUUUCAACUUAACGUAAAAGAUAUUCCUAUUCCAGUGCUGACUGCGAAUCCAAACUGGACAGAGUUUUUCCCAAAUGAGCAAAUCACCAUGCAGUGUGGAUUUGGAAGAAGUUCUGACGGGUGGUACUUUGGAUGGGCCAAAAAUGGCAAACCAAUUAAAAAAAACCCUACUUUAACCAUCACAGCAAAGAGUUCUGACUCUGGACAAUAUGCUUGUAAAGGAAAACUUAAUGGCAGAUCGGUUACUACCACACAGAGUAAUGUAUUUCAACUAAACGUAAAAGAGAUUCCUAUUCCAAUGCUGACUGCGGAUCAAAACUGGACAGAGUUUUUCCCAAAUGAGCAAAUCACCAUGCAGUGUGGAUUGGAAAGCAGUUCUGACGGCUGGUCAUUUGAAUGGACCAAAAAUGGCAAACAAAUUAUAAGAAACCCUACUUUAACCAUCAUAGCAAAGACUUCUGACUCUGGACAAUAUGCAUGUAAAGGAAAACUUAAUGGCAGAUCAGUUAGUACCAAAACGAGUAAUACAUUUCAACUAAACGUAAAAGCUCUUUCAGAAACUUCACUGAACCUGGUCACUGAAUUGAGUGACAUCAUCGCUGGAAAUAUCCUGACACUGAAUUGUAAGGUUUUAGAUGAUAAAACAUGGAAUUACACCUGGUUUGAGAACAAUCAGGAGCUGAAUGAAUCUUCAAGUACAUUAAAGGUCAAAUCAACCGAAGAAACUAUAAAAAAUGAAUUUAAAUGCAGAGGGAAAAGGACAGAACGACCGCUGUACUCCUCUUUGAGUGAUCCGUUCAUGGCAAAUAAUAUUUUGUUCAAAAGAAAAAUACUGCUGGCCAUUUCAGGCUGUUUUGUCUGCUGUUUUGUCAUUUUGAUCAUUGGAUGCAUCGUACUGAAGAUCACUCGUAAACCAGAGAAGAAAGAGCCAGUUCAUGAAGACUUGUUUAUCUCACUAGCAGAUUCCAAGAACCAAGCAACUUCGCCCUUGAUGGAGUAUAUGGACAAUAAACCAUUAGAAAAAGAAUCCGAUGAAAAAAAAGAACUGCAGCUGGAUCGUAUUUCAGUCACUCAUGUUGAUGGUAUGAUAAUGGGUGAAGAUUCAACAUCAUCAGAAACUAAUGGCCUAACAUCUUUUAAAGCAAUCUAAAGCAUUUUGUCAACGAUCAACAUCAAGACGAAGCUUCCCUCUUUUCUACUUAAGCAGUUAAAGUAGCACGUGCAUGAUUAAUAAAACUGCAUUAUGUAU